AUGCAGUGCGUACAAGUUAUGCGUUAUUUUAACAACACUAUUUAUGCAACAAAUGGUAUUUUGCAGGCUGGCGGCUAUGUCGGAAGCGGUGUGUACGUUGCCACUCCCUUCUAUUGCGAAUAUGCCUACAAUCUCUCAGUCGGUGACAAUACUGUCAUCGGACCCGACUGCCGAUUGCUAGAUUCUGGAAAAAUCAACAUCGGAAGGAAUGCUGAGACUGGUGCUGGGGUUAUUUUGUCGACUUUAAAGAUGCCCAUCGACACAAAAACCUCAAAAAGAGUGAACGGCAUUAAAGUGGCUUCAGAAAUCUAUAUUGGCGACAAUGCCUAUGUUGGUACUGGUUGCAUUAUCGAGGUUGGAGUACGAAUUGGCCAUAGCGCUAUCGUUUGA